AUGUCUUGCUUUUGUUUCCUAUUUGCAAUAAAUUCCGUUAAGCUGUCCUCCCCAGUCGCAAAGUCUCGUCAUGGAAUCCUCGCCAAGCCGUCAACUCCUCCAACAGAUGGUGCAGAUCCUCUGGCCAGGUUCAGCGGCCCAACUGGCUCUCAAGCUGGGUCGGUUCAUUCUGGAGUCGAUGCUGUCAAUGCAUCCGACGUCACGGUCGAGAUGACUGGCAAGCCUGAAGCUACAGUCGAGGGCAGAACGGCUCGUCGGGUCCGUUCCCUCCGAGACCGUUAUGCACCUGACAACGGCGCUUCUGGACCGGCCACAAAGCAGGAGCGCUACUACUACUAUCAUCAAAGCGGCGAUGCAACCGGGCGUGGCCGCCGACGCGGUCCACUGACUCCCGGGGCGUCGGGCGGUGGUCGUGCCGCCGAUUGGCGUAGCAACGCCGCAGCAGGUGGACAGAACAGACCGAGCCCGGGCGCAGGGACGAGGACCUUCCAGACGCGACAGGAGGCACUUGGCGCCGAAGGGUCGUCGGUUCAGGCGUCUUUUGAAGAGGGCGUUGAGGCCCAGGCAACUGCCGGCACCUCGGGAAGUGUGGCGUCUGGAGGCGGUGGCAACGGAGCCGCGAUGGAGCAAAGUUAUCAUAACUCGUUGUGCCAGAGACGGGAGUUCAUUGUCAACUUUGAGGUGGUCGGCUGGGCCCAUUGGGUGAUUGCGCCACAGGCCUACAACGCGCGCUACUGUCGUGGAGAGUGUCCCUUUCCCAUGGGAACGCCGUUCAACACAACCAAUCAUGCCGUUCUGAUGCAGCUCGUCCACUUGCUCGAGGCGGCUCGAGUGCCGGGACCCUGUUGUGUGCCGAACCAACUGUCGUCGCAAUCGUUGCUGUACCACACUCAGGAAAACGAGGUUGUCCUCCGAGUCUAUCAGGACAUGGUGGUUGAGAGUUGUGCAUGUCGUUAG